CCUCUCCUGCAGAUCCCGAUGGCCCGCUGUGCGGUGUCACACCUGCCCCUGACGAGGAGCUGCCUGCCUGCCCCGAGGAGUUCGACGACUUCGUGACCUUUGAGGCCAACGAGGUGACGGACAGUGCGUACAUGGGUUCCGAGAGCACCUACAGCGAGUGUGAGACCUUCACGGACGAGGACACGGGCACCCUGGUGCCACCCGAGUGCCUGGACGCUGUGGAGGAGCCUGGGCACGGUGCCCUGCUGCUGCUGCCCGGCAGGUCCCACCUGCAGGGCCAGUCUGUGGUCGCGGUUAUAGGUGGCGAGGAGCACUUCGAGGACUAUGGCGAGGGCAGUGAGACGGAGCUGUCCCCGGAGACCCUCUGCGGUGGGGACCACGGCUGCAGGGACCCUGCCUUCCUCACCCCCAGCACCGACCCACUCAGCACCAAGCUGCACAGCAUCCUCACUGACGAGGCCUUUGAGUUUUACUGCAGCCAGUGCCACAGGCAGAUCAACCGCCUGGAGGACCUCUCUGCUCGCCUGAACGACCUUGAGAAGAAUAGUCCAACGAAGCGGCUGUCCAGCAAGAAGGUGGCAAGGCAUCUGCAGCAGUCAGGGGCCCUGACCAUGGACGCCCUUCAGGACCCUCCCCCAGGCCCCGUGGAGGGCGUGGACGAGGACAUCGCCGACAAGGUUGUCUUCCUGGAGAAGCGGGUGUCAGAACUGGAAAAGGACACAGCUGCCAACGGGGAGCAGCACAGCCGGCUGCGGCAGGAGAACCUCCAGCUGGUGCACAGAGCCAACGCCCUGGAGGAGCAGCUCAAGGAGCAGGAGCUGAGAGCCUGUGAGAUGGUCCUGGAGGAGACCCGCAAGCAGAAGGAGCUCCUGUGCAAGAUGGAGCGGGAGAAGAGCAUCGAGAUCGAGAACCUGCAGGCCAGGCUGCAGCAGCUGGACGAGGAGAACAGCGAGCUGAGGUCCUGCACGCCCUGCCUGAAGGCCAACAUCGAGCGCCUGGAGGAGGAGAAGCAGAAGCUGCUGGAUGAGAUUGAGGAGCUGUCCGUGCGGCUCAGCAAUGAGCAGGAGAACAGGCGGAAGUUGGGGGACCGGCUGAGCCACGAGAGGCACCAGUUCCAGAGGGACAAGGAGGCCACCCAGGAGCUGAUCGAGGACCUGCGCAAGCAGCUGGAGCACCUGCAGCUCUUCAAGCUGGAGGCCGAGCAGCGGAGGGGCCGCAGCAGCAGCGUGGGCUUGCAAGAAUACCACAGCCGCACGCGGGAGAGUGAGCUGGAGCAGGAGGUCCGCAGGCUCAAGCAGGACAACCGCAGCCUGAAGGAGCAGAAUGACGAGCUCAACGGGCAGAUCAUCAACUUGAGCAUCCAGGGCGCCAGGAGCCUCUUCUCCACGGCCUUCUCCGAGUCCUUGGCCGCGGAGAUCAGCUCAGUCUCGCGAGAUGAGCUCAUGGACGCCAUUCAGAAGCAGGAAGAGAUCAAUUUCCGGUUGCAAGACUACAUCGACAGGAUCAUCGUGGCCAUCAUGGAGACCAACCCAUCCAUCCUGGAGGUCAAGUAGCCGCGGGAAGGCUCCGCCCAGCACGCCUGGUCUCCCUCGCCCAGCAGGGAGGACACAGCUGAGCCGGGGUGGGGCCAGACGAGGGGCUCCAGGACAGCUUCCGGCUGGGCAAGCCCCUCUGACCUCCCGCGCUUCCCGCCCGGUUGGGGAGGAAGGGAAACGGGUCACCCGGAGUGCUGCUCCCCGUGGCCACCAGGUGCCCUGCCCGGUGCCGUCCAGGCCUGCGCUGCCCCUGGACAGCACACAGGCCCCAAAACCCUGGCGCCAGACGUGGGGGGAGGAUAGGCAGGCGAGGACAGUGCCGUCAAGGUCCAGCCAGGCGCUGCUGUGCCCCCAGCUUUCCUGGGUUGUUUGGGCCGGCACCCAACUGGAAGGGGCCCCUUGAUCCAGCGUGAAGCCUGGGGGCCUGCGGGUCACAGGGCCGUGCCCCCAGCCACACCCUGGCUGCACUAAUCCUAUGAUGUGAGAGCCACCAGGUGGGGGGUCCCCAUGCAGAUGUCCAGUGCUCCCAGGAGUCCACAUGUCUGGGGCCAGUUUCCUCCGGGAGUAAGAGGUCUUCAGGAGCUGUGGUCCCUCUGCCAGGUGCACUUUGCAGGAGGCCAGGCAGGGCUGGCUCCCAUGUCCAGAGGUCAGGGCCUUCCUGGCGGCUUGGGGGCUCCUUCAAGGAGCAGCAGCGUCACCCCCCGGGGCUGCAGGCCUGCCCCAGGGCCUGAGUACGGCCAGGACCCCCCUGGAGCGGGUGGGGUGGGGGCCCUGCUGGUGCGAGCAUGUACGUGAGGGAGUGUGUGUGCGUGCAAGAGUGUGAGCAUGUGUGUGGCCCUGUGUCCUUCCACCCUCUGCGUGGCCCACCUUCUACACUAAGGUUUAAGAUAUUGCCUCGUAUUGUACAUUCUGGGGAAAGCCUUGGGUGUAAAUCAGUGUAAACUUGGAGGAGAGAUUUUUCUAUUAUGUAGAGUAGGUAUUUUUUAUAGAUUGAAGGUUGAUCAAUUUUUUAAUACUUCCAAGAGAGAAAACUAUCUGUGUAUACACAUGAAAUAUAUAUAUAUGUACAAUAAUAAACACUGGAACUCUGCUCCCCGCCCUGCCAUGCCCCGCCA